AUGAAAAGGUUACCGUUGAGGCUCGUAACCUGGAACGUCAACGGGCUCCGAGCUUUCAUAGCACGGAAACGACGCGAGCAUGGUUGGCGACGUGAGCAGCUCUCGGACGACCAGGUGCUCUUCGAGUGCUUCGUCCGUGAGCUUCGUCUGGCGCCCAGCGGAGCGCCACCAGACGUUAUCUGCUUACAGGAAUUGAAAACAAGAUCGGAAGACUUUCCUGAUCAUCUGGCCAGGCUGGAGCACCCCUCGUACCCGUUCUGGUUCGAGGGCUACUUCUCGUUCUGUGCGUCGAAAACUCAGGGCAAAACAGUCGGGUACGCUGGUGUUGCCGUUUACGUUCGUUGCUCGGGGAGAGCGUCGCAGUUUGAUGGUUGUACUUGGGAGGUUUGGCGAGCUGAGGAGGGUCUCACAGGCGAGCUCCCUGCUCGCUGUUUGGAGUGGCCUUCAGCACCACCGUGCGCUCGCGAGCUUCUCGAGCGCCUCCGGUCUGGCCAGAUAUCGACAAUGCGACGCGAACAACAGUUGCCAACUUGGCGAGCACUACCAGAGCUACACGUCGGAGACUAUCCCGAGGAAUGGUCCUCAUCUGGGGAAGCGCUAGGUACUGCGGAGCGCGAAGAGCAUCGCCAACUCGACGAGGAAGGAAGAGCGCUUGUCCUAGAUGUAUGCGGCCUUAUUCUCGUACAUGUUUAUGUACCAAAUGCCGCUAACGAAGAACGUCUCUUCUACAAGCAAAGAUUCCUAACAUGUUUGGAGGAUCGUUGUCUCCACUUGGUCCGGACCCAGAACCGAAUAGUAGUCAUUCUCGGUGAUUUGAAUACUGCCCAUGAGCGCAUUGACCAUUGCAACCCGCAGGAAGCUGAGCGCGAGGCAGCUAAAUUGUAUCCUAAGCUGCUGGAGUCGCCUUCUUUGAGAAAGGCGGCAGCCGGAAUCCUCACUGGGCACCCGGCACAUGCACCCCGCUUCACAGACGGAGCCGAGUCCGAACAACAAAGCGCCCUGCUUGGAACGCUGUUACCAGGAUCAGCUUCGCAUACGGCAGGCGUGACGUCAAGGGAUGCUAGCGCUGUAUCAACGGAGAAGGUGUCGGCACCGAAUGAUCGUAUCGUCUUCGAAACACAUCCAUCACGGGUUUGGUUGCACAGGAUGCUUUCGGAUGACCUUUUCCGUGACUUGUUCCGCGAAAAAUGGCCCAAUCGUCGAGAUGCAUACAGUUGUUGGAAUACACAGACACAAGCGCGUCUCACGAAUUACGGCACCAGGAUAGACUACAUUCUUCUGAGCUGCAAUGCGGGCCCUUACCUUCGAUGCACGGCAUGUGACUUGUUGCCUAACGUGAUGGGAUCUGACCAUUGUCCGUGUGUCGCGGAACUCGCCCCCGUGAUCGAUACGGAAAAGUGGCCAUGGACAGUGUCUAAUCCAUGUGUCCCUCUUCGGUACUCUUAUCAUUUUCAUGAAAAACAAACUUCCUUGCGGCACAUCUGGCAGAACUCUAUACGUUCCGCAACCGGAUCGGGCAAGCGUCAACGUCAUGGGCUCGUGAAUCGUAUGCAACAAGGGCAUCUACGAAACGAAGAGAGCGAAAGCGUAUGCAACGUCGCAGAGGAAUCCAGUACACAAUCCACAGAAGCGCAACUCAGAAACGAAACACAGGAAGCCUUAUGCAGUGUUGCAGACUCCGAUAACAGCCUGAGCGAUCACGGGACGAAGCCCCAUCGUACAAGUGUCUCCCUCGUGCAAGCAAUAGAGCGGCAAGUUUCGCAAAAGGCGAUCCAGGGGCUCGCCGCGAACUCACCACAGAGCAUCAUCACAGAUGCUCAUACAGCAGCAGCCGCAGCAGCAGCUUCGCAGGACGCUCAGCCCCAAAUAUCUUCAGAUAUUUACAGUUUCUGGAAGCAGCAUCAGAAGCCCGAGCUCAGCGCUUCCGAAGCAACGAACUCUCGCUUGUCGACAAGGACGACGCGAGCGAUAAUCGCGGAACUACUUACAACGGGUCAGGGGCAAGAAUCAUCCGAACAAGGCCAGUUGGAUGUAUCGAUGCGGUCACCGCAUCUCAAGCGGAGCACGAACGCUCUCGCCGCAUGCAAAGAACUGCCGGUAUCAGUGCCUCACCAUAUGGAUCGGCUCCAUCUGGAACGUGAAGGACGGCGUGCGUGUUCGCCCCCAGUUCAGGCAGCUUGGAGUGCCGCGGCACAUGGUCUGCCUUGCGGUAGCAAGCCUUGCGAAGCGCCUCACGCAUCUGAGUUUGCUGCUGCUGCUGCUGCUGCUGCUGCUGCUGCUGGGACUCCCACCGACACAGCCUCGUUACCGACGAUUGGAAGUGCAAGGACUAAGAACGCCACGCUUUCCAAACUCCAUGAGGCCUCGGCUGGGUCCAAAGAAGCUGCCGACCCCGCACCAGCGAGCGCACAGCAGCUCACCCUGGAGCGAUACAUAAGGCGGACGCAGCCCCAGGCGACAACUACGCGGGAGACGCCUCUGGUUGUCUCAGCUCAGCGAAAGCUCAGUGACCCGCUUCAAGCUGAUGAGAUGUCGAGUCGUCCGUCGGUGCGCAAGACAGAUACGAAAGCGUGGCGGGCUUUACUUGCAGUACCGAGUGCAGACAGCCCACGACGGGGUACUCCGCGGUGCCACGGCCACCAGGAACCUGCUGUUCUUCGUACAGUGAAACAGGGUCCACAUCGGGGACGCCAAUUCUAUGUUUGCCGCAGACCAGCGGGACCGAUUGAACGUGGCGGCCGCUGCAACUUUUUCCAGUGGAAAACAGCGCUGCAACGGGAAAGCGUCACUGCCACAGCAUCGAAUAGCGACGCUUUGGUGCAGUGGGAUACACUACCCACAGAACCCGAGACGCCCUAG